GCUUAUAUUCUUUCAUAGCACCUCUUCAGGCAUUUUAACGGUCUAGAAAUGGUAUUAUUUUUGUAAUAUAUAUAUAUAUUACAUGAAUAUAAUAAUAAUAUCUCCCAAUUAAUAAUUGAUUCUUUCUUCUACUUACUCCUCCAUUACACCUCAAACAUUUCUCUCUCGAAAUUCUCUCUCGAACUGUUAAUGGCGAAACUACUACUGACCGUUAACAAAAAGACUGUUGGAAAGAAUAACAAAAAUGGAAACACCUAAUUAUUGAGAACAGAGUAGAUUUUGUUGAUCAUUUUGGAAGAAAAGUUUCUCUUUUUUUGUUUCUAGUUGAAAUCUUCUUCUUCACUGAGAUAGAUUUUCAGGGGAAGAAAUGAACGAAACAAAUUCUGAGGAUAAUUGGAAGGAUUUAGUGAAAAAAAUGCUUCCUCCAGGAGCGUGGAUUCCGGAGACAGCAGAGGAUCUUGAUUAUUCAAUUGCUCUUGAAUAUGAAGGUCCCCCAGUAUCUUAUGAACUACCAAGAGUUGAACCACUUGAUGUAGAUUAUCCAACUGCAGACAUUGCUGAACCAGUCUCUGGUAGAUCAAGUGGUUCAUUUGUUCAAGACCCACCUACUAUUGAACCGAUUCCGUUGCCUGUUUCGUACAUUGCUAGUGUUGCCAGCAGCUCUUCACCUAUCCAAAGUCCUCGACGUUCUAGAAGUUCUGAAUCGGUGGUGUCAGUUUUGCAAAACCCUGAUUAUUCGUCACCUUCUCCUUCGAGUUCACCGGAAUCUGAUCACGAAAACCAUUCGAGAAGCCCUCCGAUGGUAGGAGCAGUUGAAAUAAAGAGGCCAGUGGUUACAUUCCAGCCUGUUGGUAAAUCUGAAAGGAUAGACGUUCAUGAGGACACUCCAACAUUUCCACAGUUUGUUGGGGUUCUAAAGAAGGAAAAGAAGAAGGCUUGUUUUCGGUGUGGAAAAGGAAAAUGGGAAAGUAAAGAGUCUUGCUUAGGCUGUGAUGCUAGGUAUUGUGGUAAUUGUGUGCUUCGGGCUAUGGGGUCAAUGCCUGAAGGGCGUAAAUGUGUCACUUGCAUCAGACAGCCAAUAGACGAAUCUAAAAGAUUAAAAUUAGGCAAGUGUUCACGGGUAUUGUCAAGACUGUUAAGUCCUCAAGAAGUUAAACAAAUUAUGAAAGCAGAGAAGGAAUGUGCAGCAAAUCAGCUUCGAUCGGAGCAGCUUAUUGUGAAUGGGAGACCCUUGCGGCCAGAAGAAAUGGCAGAAUUGCUUGGGUGUUCAUUACCUCCGGAAAAGUUGAAGCCUGGGAGAUACUGGUAUGACAAAGAAUCAGGCCUUUGGGGAAAGGAGGGAGAAAAACCAGAGAGAAUAAUCAGUUCAAACUUGAAUUUUUCUGGGAAACUUAGCCCUGACGCGAGCAAUGGGACUACUGAAGUCUACAUUAAUGGUCGUGAAAUUACAAAAAUUGAACUAAGAGUGCUCAAGUUGGCAAAAGUUCAAUGUCCACGUGAUACACAUUUCUGGGUGUAUGAUGAUGGUCGAUAUGAGGAGGAAGGUCAGAAUAAUAUUAGGGGAAACAUCUGGGAAAAGGCGUCAACAAGGCUAAUGUGUUCUUUGUUCUCGCUGCCAGUCCCCCAUGGGCAAUCUCAUGGCUCAAGAGAUGAGAUUAGCGCUCACUCUAGCAGAAAUGUUCCAGGUUAUCUAGAUCACAAAAGAGUUCAGAAGCUUCUUCUACUGGGACUUCAAGGCUCUGGAACCAGUACUAUCUUUAAGCAGGCCAAGUUUUUAUACGGGAACAAGUUUAAUGCGGAAGAGUUGAAGGAGAUUAAGCUAAUGAUACAGAGCAAUUUGUACAAUUAUCUUAGUAUCUUGCUUGAGGGGCGUGAGCGAUUUGAAGAAGAGGCUAUGGCAGGGUUGUAUGUUGCAGGCCCUCCCAACGGACAUGCUGAAGCAGGUGAAGGCGAAGGAGACGAACCCACUGAUGAUAGACAAUGUGUCUAUUCCAUUAACCCUAGGCUGAAGCAUUUCUCUGACUGGCUGUUGGAUAUCAUUGCCAUGGGAGACUUGGAUGCUUUUUUCCCUGCAGCAACUCGUGAGUAUGCUCCACUGGUCGAGGAAGUGUGGAGAGACCCUGCUAUACAGGAAACAUUCAGGAGAAAAGAUGAGCUUCACUUUCUUCCAGAUGUUGCAGAAUACUUCUUAAGCCGGGCGGUUGAGGUAUCAAGCAAUGAAUAUGAACCCACUGAGAGGGACAUUCUGUUUGCGGAAGGAGUUACCCAAGGGAAUGGGUUGGCAUUUAUAGAAUUCAGCCUCGACGAUCGCAGCCCAAUGUCUGAAACAUACACCGACAAUCUAGAAGCUCCAUCUCAGCCUCUUACCCGGUAUCAGCUGAUUAGGGUCAAUGCCAAGGGACUGAACGAAGGGUGUAAAUGGGUUGAAAUGUUUGAGGACGUACGUGCCAUUGUCUUCACUGUAGCCUUGAGCGACUAUGAUCAGGUAUCAUCUUCCUCGGAAAACAGAGGAACUGAUCCUGUCUUCCAAAAUAAGAUGAUGCAAAGCAAAGAACUAUUCGAAACCAUGGUCACACAUCCACGCUUUCAAGACACUCCGUUCAUGCUCAUACUGAACAAAUAUGAUGUCUUUGAAGAGAAGAUCCAUCGCCUACCUUUAAGCACAUGUGAAUGGUUAAAUGAUUUCUCUCCUGUUCGACCACACCACAACAAUCAGACGCUCGCUCAACAAGCUUACUACUAUAUAGCAAUGAAGUUCAAAGAGCUUUAUGCUUCAUUAAGCAACCGUAAACUUUUCGUAUGGCAAGCAAGAGCUCGAGAUCGUGUAACUGUUGAUGAAGCCUUCAAGUACAUUAGGGAAGUGCUCAAGUGGGAAGAGGAGAAAGAUGAUAAUUAUUACGCAAACGAAGACUCGUUUUAUAGUACUGAUAUGAGUUCAUCACCCUUCAUCUGACAAGAGUAAACCCUUGGUGUGAGAUUUGUAAGUCGAACCAUAAGGUAUGUCUUUAUUUUUCUAUUUGUUCAUUUGUAUAAGCAAAGCUUCCGUUAAUUACCUCAAGCUUGUAAUCUAAAUUUCCAUUUGUUUACCUCAUAGUAAAAAUGAACCAAAAAAUGUUGUCAAGAA